AUGUCGAUACGUAGAGCCAGCGAGGGAAGGACUGCAGCAGCAACUUCGCUAAUAGACGAACAUCUCAGCUCAUUGCCGGUGGAAGACCAGCUCGGUGAUGCUUCACGUGCAUACUGGGCGAUGUGGAGAUUAUAUCCCGUACGGCUCCAAGAGAUUUUGUUACUGUUCGCUGCCGCCUCACUGGCGGCUUAG